AAAAUAGGGAUAAUACAAAAUUUUAUGAUCAUCGGUUUAAAUCGGCUAAUGAAAUGUAAUUAUUUGGUUUUCUGGGAAUUUCUACACCUUUCUUUCUUCUAAUCGAAGUUUCAAGUUACUAGACCAAUCAUAAUUGAACACGUGGCAAAAUUGUGAACAAUUAUAAAAGGUAUGUCUGAGGACGUUAACUACUUACUGUGUUUCUUCGCCAUGGCGAUUUCUAUCAAAGCUCCUUCUCUUUCGGGAACGAGAGAGUCUUCUUCCUUCCUUAACCGGUUUGUCACUCGUCGACCGGAUUUUGCUCCGGUUAAAUUCUACCGGAAGCCUCGUCUUGCUUUGAGUGACAAAUCGUUCUCCAUUGUUCGCUCGGUUUUGGAGACUGAGAAGAGUACGAAGAUAGAGAAGCCUGAGCCUCCGGUGAAAUUGAUUUCUCUCGUCGGUAAGGGAACACUAAGCCCACUCAAAUCCACCUCCUGGGAAGAAGUUAUGCUCCACACUGCAAGAAGAUUGAAAUGGGUUGAUGAAGGAUAUGAAAUGCUCGUCUUUGAUGAUGAAAUUCUGAGUUCAAAUGAUCAGAGAGCUUUGACUCUGAAACAGGAACUGAAUCAGACUGAUAUCUUGGUUGUUGUUGCUGUUAAUAACUCAGAAUCUGUGAAUUGGAUUUUGACUAACAGCAGAAACGUCAAGAACAUGAUUUGCUUCGAGUCUUCUUCAGAUUUGAUGAACAGGCUUGGAGGGACUGAUAUUGGAAGUGUGAAUCAAGAUAAACAAGUAACAGAGGUUGUGAAGACUGUAGGAGAUGCUUGGGAACGUCGUAACUCUGAUGAUAUAAGGUUCUGUUUACUUGUGAUUAUCAACGCUUAUAUAAGACCAGUUCCUGUGUUGCAGAACUUGAGGUCCAAAGGGUUUUCUACCCUUACUUGUAUGGUUAAAAACUGUGGACUUCAGAUUUUGAACUGUCUUUUGGAUCCGAAUUGUCGAAAAGCUCUUCAGUGUUUGAACCAAUGUAGUCCUGUGGAUCAGGUGUGUAGUUACAGAUGCAUUGCUUCUUAUGAGAGUCCUUACUUUGAAGCAUUCUCUCUUUGUGUACUACAGAAACACAAUUGUUUAGAACUGGAUGCAAAGAUCCCUGAGAAGCCUUAUGUGCCUCCCAUGACGAGUUUUCGAGGGAAGGAGUUGUGUCAUGAUACAGCAGAAGACUUGUUUGUUGGAUGGUUAGGGGAAUUGGAUUGGAGCUGGCGUGUCGUGGCUGGACAAAACCCGGCUUAUGAUCAGUUUCCAUGUCAGUACCAGCUUUUCUACAGAGGGAAAGGGAAGUCGGCUUUUUGGUAUGAACCCGUGUUUCAGGUCAGAACACUUGAAGGGAAGCUAGUGUGGAGAAGGAGGAGAUACUCGGUUAAGAGAGGAAAGAUCCCUGCAACAUUUCGUUUCAGCGUUUUGGACAAUGGUGUGGUGUCGAAUGAGUUGUGGACUAUUGUUGAUGUAUCUGAUGAUCUAAGUUGGGGACUGUUCCAUUACAAUGGAGCGGCUCGUGUAGCGGGACAGUCUUACACCGGGGCUGUGCUCGUGACACCGGAUGGUUCCUACCCGGCAGAGAAGGAAAAGGAGAGAUUGAAGUCUGCAUUGGAGAAAUGUGGGAUUAAGGAGUGGGAACUCUUUGCUGUUGACAAUUGUUCUUGCGAAAAUCCGCCAUUGGGGAUUCCGCAAGGCUCUAGACUACAUUCGAGAAUCAGCGUCAUAGAGGAACCAGACUCGGAAGAAAAAUUCAACUAAUUUUGCAUUGGUUAGACACUGUUUAUCUUGUAAAUACAUGUUUCUUUAUGAAUAUCAUUGAAUCCAAUAUGGAGUUAACCCCGA